AUGUCUCCAGGAUUUGAUCAGUUGUCCCUAGAGGACGAGUACGAGGGCGAAAUUGACUUCAGCGACCUGGAAGAGAAAUACAGAGAUAUUAGAGAAGACCAGGGAUUCGACAACUUUGUGGUAGUCGAUGGAUUACCCAUAGUGACUGAGGAUCAGAAACCAAAACUCGUCAAGUUUCUGAUGAAGACUUUGAACAAGGUCGGUCAGGUCAAGGAUGGAGAGGAAUCGGUCUACAUGCCAAUUGGCGAUAACGGAAAGUCGGAAGGUUUCGCCUUUAUCGAAUAUGCCUCGCCAGAACAAGCCAUUGCUGCCACAAAACAAUUACACGCCGUGGCUCUCGACAAGAAGCAUACCUUGAGUGUCAACAAACUCACAGAUAUCGACCGCUAUGGACGAGAGGGUCGAAUUGAUGACGAGUACCAAGCGCCUUAUAUCGAGCCCUUCGCAGAUAAAGAUCACCUACGCUCAUGGCUAGGCGACCCAAAUGGCCGAGACCAGUUUGCUAUGUUUCGCGGCGACAAUGUCGGAGUCUUCUGGAAUAACAAGAAAGAUGAUCCCGAAUCUGUUGUUGAUAGGAAACAUUGGACACAACUAUUUAUUGCAUGGUCCCCUCAAGGUACUUUCCUUGCUAGUAUUCACCAACAAGGUGUUCAGCUUUGGGGCGGCCCACAGUUUACAAAGCAAAAACAACUACCACAUCCUUUCGUCAGUCUAGUACAAUUUUCUCCUCUCGAAAACUAUAUGGUAACUUGGUCAAAUCAGCCCAUCAGUGUUGAUCCAGAUGGCAAAGGUCCGCUUAGCAUUGACGAGGAUGGCAAACAUAUUGUCAUAUGGGAACUCACAACAGGCAAGCCGGUCCGAUCCUUUGCAGCCUAUGAUCUCACGCCAGCUGCUGGUCCAGACGGCGCUGUUCCACCCAAGGCGAAGGUACAAUGGCCUGCUUUCAAGUGGUCGGCCGACGAGAAAUAUGUCGCAAGGAUGAAACCAGGUGAAUCACUAUCAAUCUACGAACUACCGUCCAUGAGCAUGAUUCGAGAUGCCAACAAGGAGCGAAAGUCAAUCAAAAUCGACGGUAUCGUGGACUUCGAAUGGGCACCAUCCACACCUGAACGUGAGGGCAUCAAGCAGGACAAACGACCCGAACAACUGCUUGCUUAUUGGACACCCGAAAUGGGUAGCAAACCAGCUUCGGUCGCUCUUAUGUCUGUGCCAAGCCGCGAGAUCGUCCGAACUCGAAACCUGUUCAAUGUUACUGACGCCAAGCUACACUGGCAGUCUGACUCGAAGUUCCUUUGCGUCAAGGUCGACCGACACUCGAAGACAAAGAAGUCCGUUGCCACUAACCUCGAGAUCUUCCGAGUAAGGGAGAAAGGUGUGCCUGUCGAGGUUGUCGAUGCACUAAAAGACACUGUGAUCAAUUUCGCCUGGGAGCCAAAAGGUGACCGCUUCGUUGUCAUUACGGCAGGUGAAGCAGUAGCUGGUUCGAACGUGCUACCAAAGACUUCCGUGUCGUUCUUCUCGCCCGAAAAGUCAAAGACAGCUGGUGUGACCGGGGCAUUCAGACAUGUGAAGACUUUCGACAAGAAGAAUAGCAACGGCAUUUACUGGUCGCCCAAAGGUCGAUUCGUAUUAGUUGGUACGAUCUCUGUUCAACAACACUGUGAUCUGGACUUCUACGAUCUCGACUAUGAGGGUGAUCGGACGGUCGAUGACGACAAGGUCUCUGCCAACUUGAUGCUUAUGAACACCGAGGAGCACUACGGCGUUACUGAUGUCGAAUGGGAUCCUACUGGUCGAUAUGUCGUGACGAGUGCUAGUAUGUGGACACAUCAGAUGGAAAACGGAUUCCGCAUGUGGUCAUUUUCUGGUCAACCGCUCAAGGAGUCACCUAUCGAAAAAUUCAAGCAGCUCCUCUGGCGACCAAGACCGCCAACGCUACUCAGCAGGGAAGAGCAAAAACAAGUUCGCCGCAACCUCCGAGAAUACUCAAGAGAGUUCGAUGAGCUUGACAAGGAGAUGGAAGAAGGUGCUAACUUGGCUGUUGUCGAACAAAGAAGACGGCUGUACGGUGAGUGGUAUGCUUGGCUUAAUGCGGAGCUCGAGGAUGUUAAAGAGGAAAGAGAAGCGCUUGGUCUACCAGAUCCGGCGGAGAUGGCAUUGUCAAAGACGAGAAGUGCUACUGAGGGUGAGGAGACUGUCGAGGAGGUUGUGGAAGAGGUCAUUGAGGAGACAGAAGAAUUUGUUUGA